GGGAAUCCAUUACUAUGUGACAUUACCCACUGUGUAACAUAUACGUCCAGUCGGUCUCUGGAGAGAACAUCCAUUUGUUUUUGAGAAUUGUGAUCUCUGUGUGGAAUGUUGGAUUAUUCUUUCAACAGGCUGAUGUUCUUCUGAGGGCUCAAGGAAUUAAUCAUUCUAAAUGAAUCAAAUGUAAUGAUUAAAUAUCUGCUCAAGAAUAUAUAACAUGGAAGAUAAACAAGAGAAACCUACCAAUGAUGACUUUAUGGUACCAGCCAUCCUGGAAAGGCAAUAUAUACCUCCUUAUCUAACAAACGUGGCUUGGGAAGGCUUCACCUUUGCUGGUCAUGAGAUAAAAAUUGUGGAAGCGACAGAUAUGUAUGGAGCUACAGUUUGGCCCUCAGCCCUUGUAUUGUGUUAUUUCUUAGAAAAAUAUGGAGAACAGAUUUCUAUAGAAGACAAGCAUGUUAUUGAAAUAGGAGCUGGAACUGGACUUGCUUCAAUAGUAGCUAGUCUAAUGGGAGCAAAAGUUACAGCAACGGAUCUGAUGGAACUCCUUGGAAACCUACAAUAUAAUGUGUAUCGAAACACCAAACUGAAAUGCAAACAUGUUCCUCAAGUGAAUGUCCUAAACUGGGGAUCUGAGCUGGAGGAGAAAUUUCCAAAAUCCUCAUUAUGUUUUGAUUACAUCCUUGCAGCCGAUGUGGUUUAUAAUCACCCCUAUCUGGAGGAGCUGUUAGCAACAUUUGAUCACUUAUGCCAGAAUCAUACCACUAUCUUCUGGGCAAUGAAAUUUAGAAAAGAAAAUACAAAUAUAGAGAAUAUUUUUUUUGCCAAAUUCCAGAAAUUGUUUGACAUGGAGGUUGUUUAUGAUUUGCCUACUCUAAAUAUUAAACUAUACAAAGCAAUAAGAAGAUGUAAAAUCAAUGGUUAUUUUACAGAAUGAGAUGGCUAUUAUCUUUAAGAGGGCAUAUAGAGUGCACACGAUAUUACAAGUACCUUCCCUAUGUUGAAUGGCGCGCACUUUUUCCUGUUAGAACAAGUUAGAGGCAGCUGGAUGCGAUUGGUUAAAUAUUUUGCAUAGCUAGGUCAUAGUCAUCCCACGUAUUUUGAAGUUGACUGACAUCUGGCUACUGGGCAGUCCACUGCUGGUGGCACCUUUUUUGUGUUAAUUAACUUCUAAAACAUCUGUGAACAGAUGGAUCUACCGCAGCCUUUAAGGGAUAAACAAGUGAUGUAAAGAUACUGGGUCUUUAAGAUGUUCCAGUUUUAUCAAGAGCCUAGUAUCCCCAACCAACACCAUGAAAUAUUGGCAUGUAGUAUUAUGGUGAUACUCUUGUGGUCUUCUCUUGAAAGCAUAAAAACAGCAGGCAAUAUUUCUACCAUCUUUCAGUGUCCAGCCUA